AUGCGACGUGCAACUGGAGAUCGAAAGGGUGCGAAUGGCUUGGCGAGAUUUCCGCGCUUGCCCCGGCCACGGUCAAACUUCGGCACUUUCAUCGCACUUCACCAUUCAUCUUCUUGCCUUCGCUGUCAACGUUCCCUUCAUGCUGCGGGAAUUCCAGAUGAAAACUCAUCUGCCCCCUUCAGUCGCAGCAUUCCCCAUCAGCCAUGGAUCUCAAGCGUCAAGUACAGAACUACGCCCGGAACACUGAGCGAGAAGCUGAGCUGUGAGCUCACACCAAUCCUUCCAAACCUGCCGUCAUCGCCGUCCCCUUGCGCCCUGAGCUACAUCGUCCAUACAAUCGAACAGCCAGCCCUUCUUCAGCACUCGGAAUAUGUAUGGCGCCGCAACAAGCUUCAUGUGAACGACCUAUCAGCUGCUCGUGCUGGGGACAGCCACAUAGGCUGCGGAGGAGGAGGAGGAGCUCGCCAUGCUGGGAGGCAUCCAUCUAACUUGAGCUAUUAUGAAACGCAUUCCGGCUGGAUCGGCGAGCAGUCCGGAACACAUUCAUUGCGGCAGUACUUUCAUAACGUACAAAGUCUCAUUGGACUUCUUCAGCUGACAUACCAAAGGCUCCCAGAAAGUGCCCGUCCUUCAGUCAGACGUACGCAACAGAACCAUGGGAAGAUUCUGUGCAUGUGUCUGACACGACCCAAGUGUGAAGAGUAUCUAAGCCGGUCGUGGCCCUUUGGAGAAGAGACGAGAUGGUACAAUGGAUUUCUGCACCUCCAAGCAUGGUCUAAAACGUUACUGGCGAAGAGGCACAGCCAAGCGCAGUCGACCAAGAGAAGUCAUCCAUGUGAGUCUUCACAACCAGCGCAACAGUUCCGCGUAGUAGUAAUAAUUUCUCAUCUAGCCUCGAUCCUGAAGUCAAGACAUCGCAAGCCACGCGCAGGACAUACACUGGAAUCGAAACUAGACACGGAGAUCUUAAUCUUCUCUUCCAACACCUACGCAAAGGAUAGCAUAAGGUACGCUCAACCAGUCCAAGGCUCCUUGUCUCAACGUCUGCGACACCUGGAUCCGAUACUCUUGAAAAAAGAAGCUACUACUUUCAAUAUUUCAAAAGUUAUAGAAGGCAACUUACUCUGGUUUCCUUGGGACCACCAAGAGAUGACCCUUAUGAGUUUGAAUAUGAUCUUAACUAUGAAAAGACCUGCGAUGAUUGAUCGAUUCCAUCGAUCGGUAAGCUUAAUUUCGUCAAACUAUAAGGUAGGUAGCUGUACCAAGAUGAGCCUGAUUGCAGAUCUUCUAUACCGAACAGUCUUAUACGGCGACCUCGUCAUCGUCCGCCUAUCCGCUGUGUCUACAGCAGGCCUCACGAGCUUAGGAGAACGUAAGGUAGUGCUUGCGAUAGACCUCGCAGAUCGGAUGCCAAAAUGGUUAGUUAACUCGAAAUUCAUCGGCGAUCAGCGUCGUUGGAAUCGACCCGCGAUUUCUGAUCGAACGCCAUGGAAAUUCUCCCAGCUACAAACUUUUUUUUUUCAAGGUACGUACCAAUAUCAUCAAUUGGUCUUGCACGAAUUAGCAGGCAAGUGGAUAGGCUCUAAAGAGAUGGUCGAAUAUGUGCGCAUCAAUAUCAGCGACAAGGUCGUUCAGAGGCGAUGUGGGAGGGAUUGA